GCGGCGGCGACAUGGCGACCAAGGCGGCGGCGGCGGCAGCGCUGGAUCGAGAACGGGGGAGCGGCCAAUCAGUGCUGCCGGAUGAAGACAAAAUUAAUAAAGAUGAGGAAGCGAUGGCUUGGAGAUUUCUGUCGCUUGCUGAGGUCAGCAUUAUGUUGGAACAAGACGUUGCAGGAGUUGAAAAGAGUUUGGAAGAUUUUUUGAAUCUGAAGCAUCGGCUGACAUCUCUGAAAGAAGCUGCACUACUGGAUUAUUAUGUCUCUGGAUUCUGGUGGGCCAAAGGAUUAGAGUUUUCAUCUCUGCAGAUUGGGGGGUUCCUGAGUCUCCUCAAUUUGCUGCUGGAUAAUCUGGAGACCUAUCACAUGACCCUGGAAGAGAACAUCCAGGAGCUCGCGAGCACCAUGGCUGGCAUUGGGCUGAGCAAUUCAGAGAUAAGCGGCGGGUUUGAGUUCUUCACUGUAGAUCAAGCCAAAGCCAUAAUCAAUUACGUGAAGAGCAGUUUAUUCCAACAUUAUACCCUGUACGAAUAUCUUUUCCACAGUCCCAGGGAAGAGCUUGUGAUUGGAGAUGAGAAAGUGGUAGAACUAGUCAAGCCCGCCAAGACCCCUUUCCCUGCCCCCUUGGAAGAAGGCUUGCCCAGCGACAUCUAUUUCAAGUUCGUAGCUCUGACUGCAGGGGAGGAAGAGGAGGAGGAGGAGGAAGAAGAGGAGGAGGAGGAACCGGGAGGCAUCCUUGCAGAAGAGCCAGCUGAAGAACAAGUGACCGUGGACCCUUUGAUGGGCUACACCAUCGAGGACGUUCGCUCGGUUCUGGGCCAGCUCACCAACGAGCUCAUUGGCAACAUCCAGUCUGAGAUCUACGAGAGGCUCCAAAUGCAAGAAGAUGCCUAUUCCACCAGAAUAGAGAAGCUGAAGAAAGCCUGAAGCCAUCAGAGCAGCGGAGCAAAGGAAAAGCAUCUGAGAUUAAGGGAGAUUUUGCAAGGCCUCUUGAAGGCCAUCUGCUCAUCGCCCUGCAAGUCAACGGAAGAGAAGAAAGUUUUCAAUAGCAAGGAGCAGACCAUUUUUUUCCCUGCCCCAUUUUGUUAUUUGACUGAGUACAUUAAAGAAGUGUUGUUCAUUUGGGUCCUGAAAUACUACAAAGUUGGAAGUCAUGAGUCUGACCUCUUUCACUGUGGUUCCCUUACUUUCUUCUCUCUUGCUUACCUCGGCUUCUUCUAGAGAAAUUAAGACAUUAUUGUGGGUUCAGGAAGAAAGAGAUCGACAACAUUGCAGAGUUGAUCAUGCUUCUCUUGUAAUUUAACCAAGCUGCGUGAGGGUGAUAGAAGUUGGGCCACAUAGCUGAAAGUCCCGAGACCCAAGUUCUACUCCCAGCUGGCCUUCAGCUCUCACUGAAGACCCAUACGCUGGUCUUCUUCAUCCUGGGGGUAUCUGGCGAGGCUUCCAUGGUGACAUUCUCCACUCCAUUUUGGGAUCAUUUCCCCAAGAACCUGGUGCCUGGAAGGUCAGGUCCAUCCCCCCAUGAAACUCUGGCAAGAGUCUAAGUUGUGUGCACAUUUUUGAAAAGUCUGUGUGCAUGCGUAUUUAUUUCUCGUGCAUUUUAACUUUUCAUGCUACCUGAGUAACUUAUAAUGUUUCAUUUUUUGUUGCAACCCUGGGAAUAUAAUAAUGGAUGGGCUGAGGCAGACCAAAGGACAUCCUGGCCAAGAGUCUCCACCAGCAAGUGAUGAGCUGAAUUUGGAGUUCUCAACUUGUGUUGAAUUUAUAGGCGGAGGCUCUACGUAGCGGUUAUGAUCCUCAUUGAUUGAGAUCUUUGAUUGAUGUCUUUACCUAGGUUAGUAAGGCAAAUAACACUUGACGAUGAGCUGAUCUACAAUAACUACGAGACAAGAAACUUUUGUUUUAUACUUCUAAAAGCUUAUUGGUGUUUGUAGUUAUAUCCAAUGUUCAGUCCUGCCUUGUCAUCCUCUCUUUUGUUCUGGCUGUUAGAUAUCAGCUCCAAAUGUUCCAUUCUGUGUUAUGGUUAGAUUUCAUGAUCUUCCCUAGAGCCUAAUAUUUAAGUCAAGCUUUAUCAGGCUACUUAUAGAGAAGAAUUUGGUCCCUUGAUUGUAUUCCAGGGAAAUGUUUUCAAUUCCUUCUGCUGCCAGACACAUGAUGUGGAUCAUACUAACCAUU